AUGUCACGAGUCGGUAUAAUCUACAACCUUAACGAAUAUGGUACUGCCCGGAUAAUAUUGCAUGAGAAUCAUAGUGCAAUGGAGGGUGUCUUGGAGACCGUAGGAGGUGAGACUAUAGUUUUGAAAGGAAAGCACAACACAAACAUUCCUAGCACUUCCUCUAAUGGAAUAGUUAAUAUGGAUGUUAUGAUAGUCGAUGGAGAAGCCGGGUCCCUUUUUGAAGUACAUGAUGUUGAUGUUUAUUUUGGUGGAAAUACUAUUUCUAUUGAUAACGGAGCUAUCAAAUUCACAACAAAGGAACGUUUGAUCGGAAUAAAAGCCGAAACCGAAAUACGACAGUUUCUUCGCCCAUCACUAGGCAAAGAGACAAAAGAAGUUUAUGUAGGGCCGAUGCGGAUACAACUUCUUGCUAAACAUGUAUUACAACCUUCCAUUCGAAGAGAAUCUGUCAGUGACAAAUGUGAUAUUCCAAUUUUAGAGCAGUCGGAUGACUUUCUAGCUUAA